GCCUCAAUCGUCCCAAAUACUUCACCCCGCCCGCCACUUUCUGCAAGCCACACACAAUCGCAGGCUUGAUGCCGGAUUCCAGGCCCAAAAAAAGCAAAGCUUGUGGGCGGGUUUGACAACAGCGCGCCGCGCAUUCCGAGUUCCAGUUCCCGGAACCCAAAUAAAAUAACAUAGCUAUCAUCUCGUUUGUCAAGCUCGCCCGCCUUACGUCAGUCGACACAAAACCCAUUCACUCCGGCUGAGCUGGAUGAGGCUCGGUGGGAUCCAGUCAAGCCCCCACGCUGCGUUGGUCAAGGUUCUGGGAAAGUCACCUCCCUAAUUUAGCCGGCCAUCAACACCUAUACAUGAAAAAAGGAUGGCAAACUUCCGGCAGUUCAGGCCCAGCGACCUCUCCAAGCUUUCCAAAUGCAACCUGGAUCCCUUCACCGAGACCUAUGAGCUUUCCUUCUACCUGCAGUACCACGCGAAAUGGCCCUCGCUCUUCCAGGUGGCCGAGGACCAGCACGGUAACAUUAUAGGCUACAUCAUGGGCAAGCUCGAGUCCUCGCCCGACGUGUACAAGUUCUCGGAGCACUACCUCCCCUGGCACGCGCACAUCACGGCCGUGACGGUGGCGCCCGAGGCGCGGCGGCUCGGCAUCGGGCGCAUGCUGUCGGAGCAGCUCGAGGCGGCGGCCGACUCGGGCGACGCCUGGUUCGUCGACCUCUUCGUGCGCAAGACCAACCACAAGGCCAUCGCCUUCUACAAGAGCAUGGGCUACUCCGUCUUCCGCGUCGUCAAGGACUACUACGGCGACCACUCGUCCGACCCCACGCUGCACUCCGAGGACGCCUACGACAUGCGCAAGCCCUGCCGGCGCGACGUGAAGCGCGAGCACGUCCGCGACGACGGCGAGAAGCACGAGGUCGACCCGUGCGAUGUUUGGUAAGGCGGGGAGAGGUGAAGGGAAACAGAUAGUAGCGUCACUCAUGAAGAAAGAUACGGAUCAUCAGCCUCUAGGUUUAUUCGUUACAUGGAGAUAGACUAAGGGCAAGCGCUUGAGCGGCCAGAGAUGGCUUCAAAUGACCAAGGAAAAAAAAAGCAAUCACAGAAUAUUUCAUCAUAAACUCCCAAACGCAGCAAGGAUAUCUUGAACUCGA